AUGUGGAAUAUACAGAAGCUUCUCAGAGCCUUAAGCAAACACAGUACCAUUAAAGCACUAGAAACUUUGCACCAUGUAAAGUCAUCUGUAAAAAACCUUGCUUUUUCAUCCUAUUACUCAUGUGGCCAACAUAAUUUCACAUCAAGCAUAACCAAGGAUGACUUACUGUUGUUAAAUGACCUGAGUAAGAAUAAGGACAUAAUUGUAACCAAACCUGAUAGGGGGCAAGGUGUGGUUAUCUUAAAUAAGAGUGAAUACAUUGAAAAGAUGGAAAGCAUCCUACGAGAUAAAACAAAAUUCAUUCAAAUUGGAGAUGACUGCACCUCUCUCAUUAUCAAAAGAGGAGAUCAGCUCAAUAACAGGUUAAGAAAACUCAAUGAUAAUCAGUCAAUUGAUAAAGAUACAUAUUCACGUCUGUUCACUUCUGGAUCAAAAUCAGGCGUCCUGUAUGGGCUUCCAAAAGUUCAUAAAACAGGCUGCCCUCUUAGACCAAUUCUUUCAGCUAUUGGCACUUUAAACUAUAAUAUCUCUAAGUAUUUUAUUCCCAUUCUCAAAACACUGACUACCAAUGAAUUCACAAUACAUGAUACUUUCUCAUUUGUAAAAACAAUAUUAGACAUUCCCAAUGCCGACAGUUAUAUAAUGGCAAGCUUUGAUGUUACCAAUCUAUUCACAAAUGUCCCCCUUACUGAAACAAUUGAAAUUAUCACUGACUCUCUGUUCAACCAUAACACUCACAUAAAUGGCUUGGAUAAGGUACAAUUUAAGAAAUUGCUUGAAAUUGCCACUAAAGAUAUAACAUUCUUCUUUGAUGGCAAAUUAUAUAAACAGGUUGAUGGAGUGGCACUGGGUAGCCCCUUAGGUCCAACACUUGCAAAUAUAUUCAUGUGUUUUCAUGAAAAGAGAUGGCUCAGAAACUGCCCUCCUGACUUUAGACCCUCGCAUUAUUAUAGAUAUGUUGACGAUACAUUCCUUUUGUUUAAAUCACAGCUUGAAGUUCAGAAAUUCCUGCAAUAUAUGAACGGUCUACACAUGAAUAUCAAAUUUACUUGUGAGUUAGAGUCCAAUGGCAAACUUCCUUUUUUGGAUGUCUGUAUAAGCAGAGAUAACAAUAGGUUCUCAACUACAACAUACAGGAAACCUACUUACACAGGCCUCACCACAAAGUUCGAUUCCUUCAUUCCUAUCAAGUACAAAACUAAUUUAAUAAAUACCCUUAUUAAUAGAGCAUACAAAAUAUCAAAGUCAUAUCAAAUAGUCACCAAGGAAAUAGACUUUAUCACUGGCACCCUAAGAAGGAAUGGUUUUCCAUUGUUUGUCAUUCAGAGGUCCAUCAGACAAAGCUUAAAUAAUAUUUUUGUAAAAAGAGAACCAGUACAACUUGCCACCAAAGAUAUAAUCUACAUAAAUCUUCCAUACAUAGGCCCCAUGAGUUAUACUAUUAGAAGGAAGUUGUUAAACCUUGUAAACUUACACUAUUCAACUGUGGAUCUAAGGAUAACUUUCACAUCCACUAACACCAUUGGCCACUACUUCAAAGUAAAGGACAAGCUUCCCAACCUGUAUGUUCAUCUGUCGUCUAUAAAUUCACGUGCAGCAGCUGCAAUGCUGCUUACAUUGGAAAGACUUCUAGGAAUCUUUUCAUUCGUGCAGAUGAACAUAAAGGUAUUUCAUACAGAACAGGAAGACCACUAG